AUGAAGUCCUUUUCUUUAGCCCUGCUUUUGCUCGUGUCCCUACCUUGGCUUGCUCCCGCCCACACGGAUUCAUGGCACCUGAAAAAGGUCAGUAAUUUUUCAUGGGAAAACUGUGAUGAUGGGCAAGAUCCAAUGGUGAUCAAAAGCUUGACAGUAAAACCAGUCCCUGUCAACAUCCCUGGAAAUAUAACUGUUAGCAUGGAGGGCAAGACUGGUGUACACCUCAGCUCUCCUAUAAAGGGAGUGGUAGUAAUGGAGAAAGAAGUGGCUCCGGGAAUCUGGUUCCAACUUCCCUGUUAUAAAAAGAUGGGAAGCUGCAUCUAUAAAGAUGUAUGUGAGACAAUUGACUACUUCAUUCCACCUGGAGUGCCCUGCCCUGAGCCUUUCCAUACCUAUGGUCUGCCCUGCCACUGCCCCUUUAAGAAGGGUACCUACUCCCUGCCUAAGACUGUCUUCCAAAUACCCCCCUUGAAGCUGCCCCCUUCUCUCAGCAGUGGCACCUACCGAGCUCACAUUGUUCUAAGCAAUGGAACCACACUUCGAAAUACACGCCUAGGCUGUUUCAAGAUCAUGAUCACCCUCAAGGAGGCAUCACGACCCAUACCUGGAAAGAGUGACCAUCGAGGCUGACCUUCCCUUCCCACCAUUCCCAAGGACUUCUUGGUUGCCCAUCCUUCCUCCUGGGGAAUGAUUUUAUUGCUGAGCUACUGGCUCUCUGCCAGGGAUCUCUGCUUAGAACAAAAGUCCCACUCUAGCCACCUGUGUUGGGCCUCCCUGAUUUCUUUAUUCCCAGGACAGCUGCCUCUCUGUUCUUUUGUCUUCCCACACAGCUCAGGCCUCUCCCUCUUCUUCCUAGGGUCUAUGAGUGGCUAAGUGGAAGCAGGUUCCAGGAUUUUUCUCCCAUGGGGAAACCAAUUCAAAGAACUGACCUAUUUUUUAGUGUGCAGAAGCACCUUCCUCAUGGCAUUAUUUCUUAAUUUAGCAGAGGAUUUUUAAAAGUAGCUAAUAAUUAAUAUUUUAAAACUAAUAUUUAGAUAGCUUAUGAAGAGCUUUAUAUAUUUUUUCUGCAGACCCCUUAAGGAGGGGUUCCCAGGGCUCAUCUUCCUGGACAGCUACCCUACUCAUUUUAAAGUGUCUGAGUUGGUAAUCCAGCUAGGAAGUCCUGUUAUCAGUGACUAUCCAAGUGACUUUCUUUUCUAACUGUGGAGCCAAUGGCCUGGGUGUCAGGCUCCAGGCUCCAGGCCCCGUGCAUGGACCAAACCCAUCAUAGCUCAAGUUGCCCUGAAAUGAUGUCAAUUUUCUGGAACAUUUGCCAAAUCCCUUCAGCUAAGGAGGCAAACCCUGCAGUCCACCAUAUGCCCUUUUAAGGGAUAGGGAUAUGGGGUUGGGGGGAAGCUGGAGUCUGAGGUGGGUCAGUCCUACUGCUCCACUUCUAUGUGGGUGAUCUCAAGACUAGGGGUUCAUUGUAAAUUAAGACGGGACUAAAAUAAAUUUCUAUUUACUCUUCUACAA